CACACAUGCACUACUGCAACAUCAGAAAAGCACAGUCAUAAUUUAGAGGCGACUCCCUGCAAACAGCCGAAUCAAAAUGCAUGGUCGACUCAAAGUGAAGACAACCGCUGAACAGCAGGAGGCCAAGAGAAAAGAACGAGAGAAGAAACUCAAAGUGUACUCGGGAGCUACUCAGAGAAUCAUUCAGAAAAGAAAGAAUGGAGAGUUUGACGAAGAGGCCUUAGAGUUCACCAACCAACUCCUCUCAGCAAAUCCAGAUUACUAUUCCCUCUGGAACUACAGAAGAGAAAUAUUCCUGGAGCUUACAAAGACUAGUCCUUCUGAGGAUCUUCAGAGCAGAUACAGUAAGGAGCUGAGUUUUCUUGAAUCUUGCCUGAUGGUCAACCCAAAGUCUUAUGGUGCAUGGCAUCAUCGUUGCUGGGUUAUGGAACACAUGCCGGAACCAGACUGGAGUAGAGAAGUCUCAUUGUGCAAUAAGUACUUGGAAUAUGACGAGAGGAAUUUUCAUUGUUGGGAUUACCGCCGAUUUGUUACAACUAAAGCUAAGAUUGAACCCGCUGAGGAACUCAAGUUCUCCACAGCCAAGAUAUCAACUAACUUCUCAAACUACUCCUCGUGGCAUUAUCGGAGUAAACUUCUUCCGUUACUGUAUCCUGAUCCUGAGAAUAAAGGACGGAUCAAAGAGGAAAUCCUGCUGCAAGAAUAUGAACUGGUCCAGAAUGCCUUCUUCACUGACCCCAACGACCAGAGUGGUUGGUUCUACCAUAGGUGGCUCCUUGGAAGAGCUGACAAACCUCAGGAGAUCCAGCUACUCUACGUUUUCAGAAACCCAGCUCGGAUAAUUGCAGUCUUUGCUCAACCCAUUAAUCUUGCUGAGAAUUCUUCAGAGAUAUCUGUGACUAUUGACGGAGAGAAGAGUCUUGGUGCUUGGAGGAACUCAAAAGGAACAAAGGACCAUGCCUUAGUUUGGAUACAUGAAGUGAAUGCUAAUGUGUUGACAGCCUCCCAUGAUGUGUGUUUAUCAAUGGAAGACACUAAUGUCGGAAGACAAUGCAGGAUGUCUGAAGAUGAGACUGAGUCCUGGAGUAGGGACACAACGGAUGCUAUGGGCCUCUUCUCUGCACAGCUAAGUGUAGAGAAGUCUGGGGUCCUGACCCAGGAACUAGAGUCAUGCCAACAACUACAGGAGUUGGAACCUGAUAAUAAAUGGUGUCUCCUGACCAUCAUUCUGCUCAUGAGGGCGGUAGAUCCUCUGCGAUAUGAAGAGGAGACUCUACGCUACUUCCAGACACUACUCAAGACGGACCCCUGUAGGGCGGGGUACUUCAAGGACCUUAGAAGCAAGUUUGUCAUCGAGAAUGAAAUCACUAGAAACAUGCAAACUGGUAGCAGGGAACUGGAUUUAUCAGAUAAGCACCUUACCAGUUUAUGCCACACAGAGCUAAUGGUGCUAAUGACCCAGGUCAACUUAUCAUCCAAUCAGCUUUCAUCUCUCAAAGGUUGCCAUGCAUUGCAGUGUACUCGCACCUUAUUGGCCGACAACAACACACUGGAAGAUCUGACAGACCUUCAAUAUUUGCCCGACUUGGAAACGUUAUCAGUAAAGAACAAUUCUAUCAAGACAGUACAGAAUCUCCAAGCAUUACAGUCCUGUGCGAGACUACAGAGUUUAGACGUGAGCUCCAACCCUAUAUGUGACAUUCCAGAACUCAAAACCAGAGUGAAAGAAUGUCUUCCAAAGCUUGUUUUACUAAACGGAGAAACCAUUUGAAAAGUUAUAUAUGUGCCGGUUUUCACCUGUUCACUUUAUGAACAAUAGUUUGAAAACAACUGAUGUAGCAGUGAUAUUCAAUAGACCUUAUGCACAUGUCGUCAUUUCAGUAGGGCGCCCUCACCCAGAGGUCAAAAGGAGACUGUUCA